AUGUUAGAUUUACGACACGAAAACGACGUUGAGGAAGACGUAAGCCACAGAAGGGGCUUCUUCAGAAAUAUCAGAAUUGCCCCUGAAGAAUACGCCAAAUUCGGCCUAUUUGGUACCAUGUUCUUCUUUAUUGGGUUUAUUUAUGCAUUUAUGAGAAUUCUAAAGGACAUGUUUGUGAUGAAGAAACAGGAUGCAUCUUGUUUCAACUUCAUCAAGAUCUUCUACAUUCUACCAAUAUCAUUUGCAGUUGUGAUUGGAAUCAACUACGCCAUGCAGCGUAGAUCUGUCUCGAAGAUAUUCAAUGUCUGCCUGAUCACAUUUGCAGCCCUUUUCUCAUUUUUUGGGGUAUUUGUGGUAUUCGAAGAGCAACUCAUGUUUGACUCCAAUGCAAUCAAAGACAGGUACGAGGACUCCAACAAGCUGCUCCGUGACUUCAUGUACACCGUGGCUGAGCCAAUUGCCACGCUGAUCUACAUCACAGCCGAGUUGUGGGGAUCAAUCAUCCUAAGCUACCUGUUUCUGUCGUACCUGAACGAAUCGUGUUCUGAGAGACAGCACUCUCGUUUCAUUCCGCCUCUCUUCAUCCUGACGAACCUGUCUCUGCUGACCAGUGCACUUGUCACGACGUGGAUGAUCAAAGCAAAGGAGUCGAUGGACGACAGCCAGCUCAGGGUCUUCAUGGGCGCAUUCUUCUUCGUUGAGGCUGCUUUGACCCUUGUGAUUUUGGUAUUCAAGUACGCCCUAGAAAACAAGGUUCUCGUACGACCAGUAUUCGUACCAACAGAAAGAAGGAGCAAGAAGCCAAAGCCAAAGGUGUCAUUCGGGGAGUCAAUUCGUACGAUGAUGAAGUCGCGAUUCCUGCUCAUAAUGUGCGGUGUCGUCUUCUUCUACAACGCCCUCUACAACCUGGUUGAAACGGUCUACAAAUUUGGAAUAAAAGCAGGGGCAGAGGCAAAGAACGUGGACAAGGCCGACUACUCCGCGAAGUUCAACAACAUCGACCAGUACAUCACGUCCAUCGUGGUCAUCGCCCUCAACUUCAGCAGCUUCUCGCACCUCGCUGACACGCGUGGCUGGACAUUCGUGGCCAUGCUUACGCCAAUAAUGGGCGCAAUUUCACUGGUCUGCGUCUUUGGCCUAGGGACAUUCAACAGUGCUGCAACCGAUGACUCGUUCUCCUUUCUGAAUGCAAUGGUUCCUGCUGGCUCAUCCCACAUCUUCUUGGAGAACUUCCUAGGCGUCCUGAUUGUCUCGGCAAUGAAGAUCUUCAAGUUCACUGCCUUUGACGUCACCAAAGAGCGCAUUUCAAUGCGAAUUGAAGACAGGUACAGACCAAAAUUCAAGUCGAUUUACGAUGGAAUAUUCAACAAACUUGGUAAGUCAGGUGGAUCCCUUUACGGUGUCGUAAUCAACACGUUGUUCAGCACCAUCGAUGCCAGGGGAGUUAGUCUCAUUACUGGAAUCAUUGGGGCCGUCUUUGUCUUCUUCUGGAUAAGUGGAGUCUACUACCUGGGAGAACUGUACAACGAUGCAAUCAAGCACCAUGCACCAAUUGACAUCGACUUGUUUGAUAAGGAGGAGGCAGAAGUAGAGCCAGAAGAGUCAAAGAACAAGGAGAAGGAGAUUGUUGCCACCAAAUGA